GACACAAAAACAAAUAAACGUCAAUUCGCUAUUAGUCAUCAUUGUGAAAACACCGUUGUGACGUCCAGAUGUUUUUUUCCUGAAACAAACACGACCCGUGACAAUGUUGGCCCCAGAGGCAGGCUCCACUAACAGUCCCGAACCCGCCGACAAGACGCCGCUCGUGGGACGCAACCCCGGCCUUUUCAGAAAAAUCGCAGGAAUGCUGUCCCCGAGACACCCUCAAGCCUCCGAUGCGGGCCCCACGUACGUAGAGUUCGGUUCGUUCGCCGAGCAGUCCGAGACCCGUACCCUGGGGACGUUCGCGGGGGUGUUCAGCCCCGUGACCUUGUCCAUGUUCUCCGCCUUAAUCUUCCUUCGGAUCGGAUACAUCGUCGGAAAUGCGGGAUUAUUUGUGACGCUGCUGCAGUUCUUUAUCGCCUACUUGAUUCUGGUCUUUACGGUGUCGUCGAUUUGUGCGAUCUCGACGAAUGGGGCCGUGGAAGGGGGAGGGGCUUACUUUAUGAUAAGCCGCACGCUUGGCCCGGAAUUCGGCGGUUCGAUCGGCACGCUGUUCUUCCUAGCCAAUAUCGUCAGCAGCGCUCUGUGUAUAUCAGGGUGCGUUGAAGGACUGGUGGAAAACUUCGGCCCUUCUGGAUAUUUAGUCAAGGGCUUGAUCCAGGACGGACACUGGUGGCAGUUUCUCUACUGCGUCAGCUUGAAUACCCUAAACCUUCUAGUUUGUCUAAUCGGAGCUUCCAUGUUCGCAAAAACCACGGUCUUCAUUUUAGCGAUCGUGUGUACCUGUCUGGGGAUCACCUUUUUCAGUUUCUUGUACGAGGGAUCACUGGAAGUGCCAGUACCGGACUCGAACACUUUAAUUCAAAACUCGACGUUCCACGCGUACGGGAACUACACCGGCUUCCAUGCGUAUACUCUGCUACACAAUUUUUGGCCCCAAUAUGGAAAAGACUACACCGCAAAUGGCGAACUGGUCACGUUUGCGUCGGUUUUCGGAGUCCUGUUUUCAGGUGUCACGGGAAUCAUGGCCGGGGCUAACAUGAGCGGGGAGCUGAAAAACCCAGGCAAGUCGAUCCCGAGGGGCACCUUAUCAGCUGUAGGCUUCACUCUCAUCGUCUACGUCACUAUUUCUCUGUUCACCGCUUUCACGUGCACGGCCGACUUGAUGCAAAACAACUACCUUUUCAUGGCUGGAGUGAGCGUUUUCCCUCCGAGUGUGGCUAUUGGUUUAUUAACAGCCACGUGGUCUGCGGCUCUCAGCAACGUCAUCGGCGGCUCGCGAGUCCUGGAAGCCCUAGCAAAAGACAACGUUUUCGGCCCGGUCCUGUCUUUCAUCCCUCGAGGUACUUGGAAGGGUAACCCCGUGGCAGCCGUCUUCGUUUCGUGGGUCCUCGUCCAACUGGUCCUUUUCAUAGGUUCCUUGAACAUAAUCGCCCAACUUAACUCCGUUCUUUUCCUACUCAGCUACUUAGCGACGAAUCUAGCGUGUCUAGGACUGGAGCUAGCCAGCGCCCCUAAUUUCCGCCCUUCGUUCAAGUACUUCACGUGGCAUACGGCCUUCUUGGGGUUGAUCGGUACUCUGAUUAUGAUGUUCGUGAUUAACCCCAUUUACGCCGCCUGCAGCAUCCUCCUCUGUCUCCUUCUGGUGAUGUUCUUGCACUUGUUCUCCCCGUCGAAGAAGGCGCACUGGGGGAGCAUCUCCCAAGCUUUGAUUUUCCACCAAGUCAGGAAAUAUCUGCUGCUUUUGGAUUCGCGAAAGGACCACGUUAAAUUCUGGAGACCGCAGGUGUUGCUGUUGGUGAAUAGCCCCCGAUCGGCGUGCCCUCUCAUCGAUUUUAUCAACGACUUGAAGAAAGGGGGGUUGUACGUGUUGGGGCACGUAGUCAAAGAAGACCCGAACCACCUCGGGCCUGAUCCUACCCUGGACAUGCAGCUGCACUGGCUGAACCUGAUUGACCACUUGAAGGUUAAAGCUUUCGUGGAACUGACUGUGGCUCCGAGCGUCAGGGACGGCUUAAGACAUUUAGCCAGACUUUCGGGAAUGGGGGCGAUGAAACCCAAUACUGUGGUUUUGGGCUUCUUGGACGGGGAAUGUCAACAGGACUUCCUGCAAAGCAGCGACUCCUCCUAUCACAGUCAGGACUUCGGAAACGAUAUUUUCCCGCUGAAUUCAUUCAGCGCGUUGGAGCCGUUGGAGUACGUCCAAAUGAUGGCUGACGUACUCAAGAUGAACAAAAACCUCUGCUUGUGUAGGAACUUCUCCAAACUGAAGAAGGACACGAGAAGAAACUGGAGCAAAAAAUACAUUGACGUGUGGCCGAUCAACUUCUUGAACCCUGGCGAAGGCGACGCUUUCGACACGACUUCCUUGUUCAUGAUGCAGUUAGCGUGCAUCGUGAACAUGGUGCCUCUAUGGAGUCGCCUGAAACUACGGGUGUGCAUAUGCGACGAAGCUAAACAGACUUGCUUCAGCAUGAACUCCAACGGACAGAGCCACGUUGACAAAUUGCACUACUUGUUGAGGAAGCUGAGGAUCGCGGCAACGCUGUAUCCCGUCCCGGGAUGGAACAACGUGAUCGAAUCCCACGGGAACCACAUGGAAACGUACUUAAAAAGCGUUAAUAACCUAAUCUUACAACAAACUUCCGAUACCGUGGUGACGUUUAUUUAUUUGCCGCCGCCGCCGGUGGACGAGGGGCUGGCCGAAGCCUACUACCAGAAGUUGGACGUCAUUUCGAGGAAUUUGCCGCCGACGAUGUUUGUUCAUGGUGUUAGCACCGUGACCUCGACGACGCUAUGAUUGUUUUUAUUUAGCCAAUAAUUAAGCACAAAUUGAUAUUUUUAUACAAUUAUACACUUUAACAUAUCGUAUAUUGCCUUGAACUAAGAGUACUGUGAUUUUAUGUAAGAUAAUAAAUGGAAGUAUUGUAAA